GAUGAUAUGACUAUGAAUUUAAAUAACGGUCGGUAUUAUUGCCCGAUAAAUAUACCAUCACAUCAGCCGUAUUACCAACAAGCACUGAUGCAAGGGAAUGGACCUGAAAGACACGUGUUAUCACACACCAGUUUGUUGAGAGAUACGCUAGUACAUGGCAAGAAAACAGUGACACAAAAUUAUGCAUAUUCCUACACAAACGUAGACGGUAUGAUUUCGUCAUAUCAAAUCACGCCGAACAAUCAAAUGGUUCCAUAUAAUUCGUGUCAAGUCUCUUCUGCCAAAUAUCCAUCAUCUGAAAUAUCGCCAACGGAAUGUGAGGAAUUUCUUAAUAAUAUAGAAGGAAAAUCUCAACAACAAGAGUACAAUAAAUGUGAGAAAAGUUAUCCAGAACACAAUUAUGUACAAUCACAUAAUUAUACUUUAUGUACUCCUGGACCAUCCACUAUUUCAAUGCAAUAUGAACAAGAUAAAUCGAAGCAACAACUCAUUAAUGUACAGCAAGGAUUGCAGAUCGACAGCUAUAACAGAAAUAAUAAUAAUAACAAUAUAAGGCAAAGAAACAAGAAUAUUAGGACAUCCAAUCAUAACAGACAAAGAAGUCCUUAUUCUAACGAAGUUGCAAAUUAUCCAUGGAUGUUUAGAAGAACGAAUGCCCAUCAAGAAAAUGGAACUGAGCAGAAACGCACGAGGCAAACCUAUUCGCGCAGUCAAAUCUUCGAACUGGAGAAAGAGUAUCGUUUACAUAAAUACCUUGCAAAAAAGCAACGUCUAAUAUUAGCUAAAUAUAUUUGUUUGACUGAGCGUCAAGUUAAAAUUUGGUUUCAAAAUCGUCGAAUGAAAGAAAAAAAGUCACCAAACACAUCCGUGAAUAUAGCCGUAUCAACAUCAUCGGAAUCAACAGUAUCAUCAGAAUCUAGUACGCAGAUGAUAAUUCACGAAAAUCAAGGAUUAAAUCCAACGCAACAGACACAAUUACAAUCCUCACAACCAUUUUACAAUGAAGGACAUCAAAAUUAUUUUCAUAAUCAAAAUAUAUUUUCGACAAAUCAUUAUUUAAAUAAUGCACAUUAUUGA